GACGUUAGUGGGACGUUUCUCUCUCUCUCUCUCUCUCUCUCCAUCCCCUCCAUGUGAUUCAGAUCCCAUCACGGUAAACGGCUGGUGCUUCACCCUCUGCAAACCACCACCACCACCACCCCUCUUGUUCCUCCUCUUCCUCCUGCUCUUUCUCUCUUUUACGUGUGUGUGUGUGUGUGAGAGAGAGAGUGUGUGUGUGUGCAGGAAGACGAAGCGGCAGAGGCAGGAGGAAGCAUCAAGGACGUCCUUAUUCCAGCAGCCCCGGGAGCCGGAGAUGCAAGGGACGAGCAGUUAGAUUAGCCUGUGCUGCUGUUGCCUGCUGCAGGAUAAGUUGUCGCUGCAGCUGAAGCUCUUUGCCGUUCCAUCCUCGGUGUGUGUGUGUGAGGAGGAUUUAUCCGGUCGCAGGACGGAGAUCUCACCACAAAGGACUUCUACUUUACCGCAACAAUUGAAUGUAACAUCGUUCGGAUACAGAAGGCAGGGAAUUAAAAGCCAUCAUCAUGAAUUUCGUUAUGAAGCAAGCGUUGGGGGGGGCCACCAAAGACAUGGGUAAGAUGCUUGGUGGGGAGGAGGAGAAGGAUCCUGAUGCAGCGAAAAAAGAGGAAGAAAGGCAAGAGGCGCUGAGGCAACAGGAGGAGGAGAGGAAGGCCAAAUAUGCAAGAAUGGAAGCAGAGAGAGAAAACAUCCGACAGGGCAUCAGAGACAAGUAUGGCAUCAAGAAGAAGGAAGAGAAGGAAGCAGAGGCAGCGGCUGCUAUGGAGCAGGCCUCCGAGGGCAGCCUCACCCGUCCGAAAAAAGCGGUGCCCACCGGCUGCGGUGACGAGGAGGAAGAAGAGAGCAUCGUCGAUACGGUCAUGAAGUUCAUUCCGGCCCCACUCAUGGAUAUGUUCAAUAAAAAGUAACUGUGUUUUGAGUGAAAUAUGAUUACCUUCUUACAACAUUCAUCUAACCAAGAUUAAAGCCGUUAACACUCCUCUUUGCCCCGACCCGCAGUCACACCUUCACCCUCCCUCCCACCCCUUCAUCCCAGUUUCUAAGUGUCCUGGAAAUGCGCAACGUGCCAUGAAUUUGCCCUUGAUCUAAAAUACCUGUUCUCUGCUGGUGGUGCAUGCUUUUAACAGCCUUGUGAAGAGCAUCUGUCUUUCUGAGCAGUGAUUUAAAAACACCAAUAAUUAAAGUCCACAGCACCUGCAGACAUCCUGUAUCUUCACUUCAAGGCAAAUCCGAUGCCAUGUUUUCAGUGUCCAGUGCUUAGAAUAAGACCAGUAAUCGCUCAUCAUACGUUUUGUUUGUAAAUAGUCUCGGGUUAUACAAAAAGAGAACUAUAUAUGAGUGAAAUAUGACAUAUAACAAGAUGACUAAGAGUAUAAGCCAUAUUUUUAACUUUUAAGAAAUUAUCCAAAUCAUAUCAAAAUUUAAUUGAAUUUUCCUGUUAUGUUCUUGCUAAUAUUUGAUACAUAUAGUGUAUAUAACAAUUUGCAUUUUUAUUAGUUCUCCGUUGUGAGGAUUCACCCCAUAAACUGUCUCUCAUGUUCUCAUUGGUUUAUUGUGAAUGUGUAAUAUAAGCACUGGUGAGGUCGAAACAACACUGUAACAGUUUAUGAAUUCAUUUGGUUUGUUUUUUAAGCAUGCAGUAAAUUUUUGUGAAGUAAAGUACACCUAUGAAAACUAUUUCAUUUGUUAUGAUAAAGUGAAAUACAUUGAUAUUUGAGGCAAUAACUGGGUUUUUUUUUGGUUGUUUUGUUUUGUUUUGUUUUUUUUCAUUUUAAUUGAACUGACAUCUUGUCAGCCACAUUUUUAAGAGAUAAUUGACUUUGAGUCUAAAAUGUUCUUCCAUAUAGAAAAGUAUGUUUUCCAUACAUAAAGUCUGUCUCAAAUCAGAUGAAAUUCAUACGAUAAAUUCUCUUACUUUACAUGUUUUGUGACCUGAGCAUCAGUUUUGUUUUACUUUGUGUGGCAGGUGUCGCUCACCUGGCUACUGCAAACACUAGGACAACUAAAAUUUAGAACACACUAGAUCGUUUUGAUUUCAUCAACAUUUUUAUCACUUUUGUAAAAAACAAAACAUUUUGUUAUGACUUCACAAACACAACUAGGUUGUGAACACACUAGAUGUGAACAGACAGUGACAAUAGUGCAAUAUAUCGUUCAAAAUGAAGUUGUCCUGUGUCCGUUGGUUUAACUGAAAGGGAGUAAAGUCCCAAAUCAGCAAUAACAGACAAUCUUCAUUGUUGUGUGUUUAAAGUUACUCCUUAAUGUGUUGAUGUUUAGACACAGAGGUGUCUGCAUAGUAUCAGUGAAGCCUUUGUAGGUCAGACAUACUGUAAUAAAAUGUUUAGAGAAAAGGGGGAAGGUGGGAUGAUUAGUUUCAUGUUGUAACACAUGUCAGUCACAUGUUACAGAAUGAUCAGCACAGUUAGGAUCUGAGUAAAUCACCAACCAGAAGUACAAAAAACAUGACAAAAAUUAAACCGUAGGGGUGAAGAGUCAGGCAUGAGCAGCGCAUGCCGAGAAUUGUGCUCAAACGAGGGCAUUUAAAAAACUCUAUUCAUCUCCAUGUUUACCUGCUCUGUGUGUUUGUCAAACAGGUAAACCACUGUAACGGCACAAGUUUAAAGGUCAUUAGACGGGGAUAAAGUCGACUUAUUUUACAUAUGCCUUGUUUUUUCCUCCUUCAUUCCACAGUGUCUUGUUUAAACAUUCCAGAUAUUUCAGACAUUCCACCGGUCUUGUGCUGGUAUAUACAAAUAUGGAUAUGUAUGCCUUUGUUUCAAGUACAUUAUGAUGAAUAACUUCAAUUUGAUGUUGUUAUAACCCAAAAAUAAUGGCUACAGUGAACUGAAUAUACACGUAUAUUCACGAUGAGACCAACUUAAUUAAGAGAGUUAUUUUAGCUGCCAUGUACAGAAAAAAAAAAUCCCACAUGAAGUUAAGGGGAAACAUAAAUGUUAGCAGCUGUUAGCAGUGACCAAUUUUAAAGUGAUAAAUCUUGUGAUAUAUUUUGUUAGUUUUGUGAGUAGCUUUAGAUACAAGUAAGGUUUACUGGAACUGCUUUUUGCCAUGUUGUCAUUGUUUUUAUUAGGAUAGCAAAAACACGAAAUAACACUAAAUCUAAACUUGUGCUUUCCUAUGACGUAGUGAAAUAAAAGUCAGCAAUUUGUCAGCAUUUUGUCCGCUCUAUAACCAUGAUGACUUAAAGCAAACCCUCCAAAAGCGGAGCGUGGUAAGGUCACCUGUAGAGCACAUUUACAGAACUUACAGUGAUUUUAAUGUACUUGUAAACUGCCUUUGCCAGCCUCUUUUCAAGCGGUAUGUUGGUAGAUUUGUAAGCAUUUAAUGUUGUUUUCAGCUAUGGCAAACAUGUGUCACCAAGUCCAUUAUCAGAGCAGUAAUCCAACCAAACCAAAGAAUAGUGCUGUAGUUAAAAACUUAGACAAGAGGUUUCAUUUCUUUUAUUUCUUUUUUUUCUUUUUUUUUGUUUCCUUGAGUUACGGCAUAUCUCAUUUACUUUAGAAUUCUCAGGUAUUCUAGUUUUAGGUUGUAAUAGAAAUUAAGGUUCAUACCAUAAUUAGCCUUCUCUGAUAAACAAGAGUUGUUUGGCCCAAGAAUAUUAAAAAGCUACAAUUACUGCCCACUAACCAUGUAUAGGACUUUCCCACAUACGAAUACUUCACAAAUAUCAUGAGUGUGUGCAGUUUUUCAGGCUUCCAAUGAGUUUUUCCUCGUGUGCUCUGAAGUCAGAUCAAUAGUCGUAUCCCAUCCACUAACACCAUCAUAAACCCAUUCAUCACCAUCUUGUAAAUGCCAAUUGAUUGCGCUCAAAAUGGCUUUUUAGACCACUGCCCGAAUAAACUGCCCAAGUCAUGCGUAAUCAAUAUAUUGUCGUCCAAGUAGACAUCGUGUCAGAAAACCCCCCUCCACUGUUCAGUUGGAAGACCCUUAUUUGUGCCACUCAUUCAGCCAUUAAUAUGAUAUAAAACUGCCUGAAAAAUACGCCACUAGAAGAAAAAUACUCCUGUGAUGUGACUUGAAUGUAACUGUCUGAUGUUUCUCUCUUCCUGCAUCUGUCUUUCUCUGUUUUGUACGUGUUGAGAAGAUGCUUAUGGUGCAGUAUUUUUUACUUUAUUGUCCGUAGCUGGUCCUGUUUCUGUCCUCUGGUGGUCGGUAUUUUGAGAAAAAAAAAAAAAAAGUUU